GAAAUUCUGAGAAAAAGAAAAAAACUUGUUCGUCGCUUUACCAUUUUCUUCUUCCGUGUCACUGUUUGAAUCUGAUUAUUGGCUACGUUUCCUUCCCCCCCCCCCCCCCCUGGAAUCAGAUUCUUUUGGAUUUCGAAAUCGCAACCUCCUCCUCCUCCUCUCCCUUUGCAUCUCUUCAAAAUCUUGAGCUCUGUCGUGUAGUGACAAUUCGGAUUUUCGCAGCUCCGAUUCACCUUUUUCGAUCGAUUUCGGAAGCUGCAGAUUCGAUUCUGGAUUCAGAUUUUUAUUUGCAGGAUAACAUGGCCAAGCGUGGAUAUAAGCUGCAGGAGUUUUUGGCACAUUCUGCUAAUGUAAAUUGCCUGAGCAUCGGAAAGAAGACGUCACGGCUCCUUAUUACUGGCGGUGAUGAUUACAAGGUCAACCUUUGGGCCAUCGGCAAGCCUACUUCUUUAAUGAGUUUGUGUGGACAUACUAGUGCAGUGGAUUCACUAGCUUUUGACUCGGCUGAAGUUUUGGUUCUUGGUGGAGCUUCUUCCGGUCUGAUCAAGCUCUGGGAUCUCGAAGAAGCAAAGAUGGUUCGAGCUUUUACUGGACAUAGAUCCAGUUGUUCUGCUGUUGAGUUUCAUCCAUUUGGUGAAUUUUUGGCAUCCGGAUCAAAUGACACGAAUCUGAAGAUUUGGGACAUCAGGAAGAAGGGGUGCAUACAGACCUACAAGGGGCAUACUCGUGACAUCAACACUAUCAAAUUUAGUCCCGAUGGUCGUUGGGUAGUGACAGGAGGACUUGACAAUGCUGUAAAGGUAUGGGAUUUGACUGCUGGAAAGCUUAUACAUGAUUUUAAGUUUCAUGAAGGAUCUAUCCGUUCGCUAGACUUCCACCCACUUGAGUUCCUCCUAGCUACUGGUUCGGCUGACAGGACCGUAAAGUUCUGGGAUUUGGAAACGUUUGAAUUGAUUGGGUCUACCCGACCAGAGGACACUGGAGUUCGUUCAAUCAAAUUUCAUCCAGAUGGGCGAACCCUUUUUUGUGGUUUGGAUGAUGGCUUAAAGGUUUAUUCUUGGGAGCCAGUGGUUUGUCAUGAUAGUGUUGAUAUGGGAUGGUCAACUCUUGGUGACUUAUGCAUCAGCGAAGGGAAGCUCAUGGGCUGUUCAUACUACCAAAAUUCCGUAGGGAUUUGGGUCUCUGAUAUAUCACAAAUUGAACCAUAUGGCAUUGGAUCUGUGGAUAAAAAAGAAUGCGUGGAGAAAGUACUCAGCGUUCUGGACGAUCAGUCUUCCGAGAGAGUUAAGAGUGGUGCCAGGCGCAGCCCAUCUCCAGAUUAUGAGACAAAAGAGAUCAAAAACAUAUACAUCGACUCCACAGGUGGAAAUUCAACUGUUGCUGAUAAGCCAGGAUCACGAAGUACAUCUAAAGUCAAUGCAACAUCUACUGGACAAGCAGGGGAUAAGUCUUUCAUAUUGCAUGGUGAUACUGGGAAGGACUCUUCUGAUUCAGGAAAGGAAUCUAUCACUUUCUCAAAAACUAAGCCAGGCAUGCUGCUGAGACCAGCUCAUGUGAGAAAAACGCCAUCAAAGCAGUCAGUGGCUGUUCAAUCUAGUACUCCGAAACAAAGCGGAUCGGACGGUGAGAAAACGCUGGAUACUAAGACUGUUCUUGAUUCGGAACAGAGUGGUAGAAAACCAUUUGACGCCAGUGAUUCAAUCAUCAAGAGUAUAACCAGCAAGUUUGAGAAGGCUUUAUUUCCAGAAUCACCAACUGAUGAAACGAAAUCUAUGCUGCUGAAACCGCCUCGCGUGCAGAGAUCACCAAAUACCAAGUACAAUGAGACAAGAUGGGCGGUGUCUGUUGAUUCUGAAAAUUUAGACAGUCACCAAAGUGGUCUUGAGGAAUCGAGAGACGCAGACUUGCCAAUAGAGCUUGCGGAUGACAGAGGGUGUAACCCGACUGAGGAGGAUGCCAGUGAUGCGAUCAUUUUAAGCAAGCCAGAACGAGUUUUAACGCCAGAGAAAGCUGGCGAUGAGCAGAAAGGCGUGGAAUCCCCUGGAGGUAGCAAAGAAUCAGACUCUGUGAAGGUUGUUAGAGGAGUAAAAGUUGUUUCCGGGAGGACACGGUCAUUGGUUGAGAGGUUUGAGAGAAGAGAAACAAUUACUCCUUCGGAAGAAGAUAAAGCAGCCAGUGCAGCAACAGUUCAGAGCACUAAUUCUGUGGAGGAAGAGGCCAAAUCAGCAUUUAUACCAGCAGUUAGCACAACGCCUACCCAAGUUAUGGCAGUUAAACUUGAUGAGGCAACUAACUCGACUACAGUUGAAGCUCCUGUGGUAUCAACACGACGACCUAGGAGUAUUCCAGCCAGAGUAAUGCCUGUGGUUCUUGGUCGGGACACAAACAUGUCAACUGAUGUGCCUUCUGUAACAUUAACAGGACCUGAUAGGACUUCGGCUGCUAAUUUGACAUCUGACGAGUCUUCUGUAACAUCAACACGACAAUCUAGGUCUUCCCCAGCCCCGGUUAUGCCUGUGGUAAUCAAUCAGACAACAAAAAUGAAAUCUGAUGACCCUCCUGUAACAUCAACACGGCCUGAUAGGAGUUCGGCUGCUAAUUUGACAUCUGAUGAGUCUCCUGUAUCAUCAAGACGACAAGCGACUUCUCCAGCCCCAGUUACGCCUCUGAUACUCAAUCGGAGUCGGUCAACUAACAUGAAACCUGAUGAACCUCAUGUAAUACCAAGAAGACCACUGAGGAGUUCUUCAACGCGUAUAAGGCCUGUGAUGCUCAAUCAAACAACUAACACGCAUGACGAGCGUCCUGUACAAUCAACACGAUCAGCUAGGACUUCACCAGCCCGUGUAAUACCUAUGAAACUCAGUCAAGCAGAUGAUAUCCCAUCUUAUGAGCUUCCAGUUGCAUUAACACGGUCAGCUAGGAACUCUCCUGUUCGUGCAAUUCCUUCUAAAAUCAAUCAAGCAAAUAAUGUGACAUCUGAUGCAUCACAUAUAAGAUCCAGGCAUCGAUUUAGCCCAACUCAAACGCUGGCAACACCUUCAGUAAUUGAUCAAAUGGCUGAUAUGACACUGGAUGAGGCACAUAUAACACAAACUCAACCAGAUUAUGAUAUCUCGAAACAGAAGGAAGAUCCUCGGAUAUCUGAGAGGGAGAAUGAAGAUGACAUCAGUGAGACAUUAAUGCAAACUCAUAAUGAGGUCUUAAACACUCUUCAAUCAAGGUUGACAAAAUUACAGAUUGUAAGACAUUUUUGGGAACGUAACGAUAUUAAAGGCGCAAUCAUGGCAUUGAAAAAGCUGUCCGAUCACUCGGUUCAAGCAGAUGUGAUCAGUAUUCUAACAGACAAACCAGAGAUUCUUACGCUGGAUCUGUUUUCGCAAUUAGCACCUGUCCUCACAGGCUUAUUGGGGAGCAGGACUGAAAGGCCUGUAAGUGUCUCCUUGGAAAUGCUCUUGAAAUUAGUAGCAGUGUUCGGUGCAGUUGUACAAUCAAAUGUUUCAGCAAGACGAAGUGUUGGUGUUGAUCUUCAUGCAGAAGAAAGAUUACAGAUCUGCCAAAGUUGUUCUGCGGAAUUGCAGAAGGUUCAAAAGAUCCUUCCACUACUCACCAGAAGAGGAGGUCUCAUAGCUAGAAAGGCUCAAGAACUAAACUUAGUUCUUCAGACACCAUAACUACAGGUCCAAGAUUCAAGACCACUCGGAAUCAUUUUGAAACUGUGUUCUCUCCAUGAGUUUUGCAAUAUGUAUGUUAUCAAGAACUGUCUCCAUGUUCCUUCCAGCGAUUUGGCAUCGGUUGCUUUGAAGAUUCGCUGAGAACUCGCAGUUUCUUGUGGCAGAAUUUUGCUCUAGAAUCGCCCUUCCCGUAGAAUAUCUCCCCCUAAAAAUCAGUACAUGCUGUAAAUGGAUGUUACGUGAUUCAGUAACUCACAAGUGUUUAGCUGCAAUGGAAGUUUACAAUGUUUCUCUCUAUCUCUCCACGUGGAUGUAAUGAGGAGAUUUCGGGUAUAUGAAUAUUUCUUUUCAUUUGGCAAUCUACGUUAGGUCCACUUGAACCUUACA